AGGGUGCAAACAUAUUUUCCUCCCAGUGAAAGCAAAAGCAGCAGCUCAAACAGAUUCUUUGGAGAACAAUGGGGAACUCAGCUCCUUCAAAAGAAGGUCACAAAUGGCACAGGAAGCCUAGAAUUCAGCUGGCUGUGUCCUUUCCAACAUGUAAGAGAGAAAUGGUGUGAUCGACAGUGUAACAGAGGAGCCACUGGUAGUGACAUGGCAGACCCUCAGGACAACACUCUGAGGAUUGUUUUGGUGGGGAAAACUGGAAGUGGGAAGAGUGCAACAGCAAACACCAUCCUGGGGAGUAGAGUGUUUGAGUCUAGAAUUUCUCCCUGUACUGUCACUGCCAAGUGUCAAAAAGCAUCCACAGAAUGGAAGGGGAGGAAACUUGUUGUUGUUGACACCCCAGGGCUCUUUCACACCAAGGAGACCCUGGAUACCACGUGCAGGGAAAUCAGCAAGUGUGUCCUCUACUCCUGCCCUGGGCCCCACGCCAUCAUCUUGGUCCUCCAGGCGGGCCUCUACAGGGAAGAAGAGCAGAGGAUCGUGGCAUUGAUCAAGGCUGUGUUUGGGAAGCCAGCCUUGAAGCACAUGAUUGUGUUGUUCACUCACAAAGAUAACUUGGAGGAGAAGAGCCUGAGUGACUUCUUGGCAGAUUCAGAUGUGAAGCUAAGAAACAUCAUCAGCAAGUGUGGGAACCGCUACUGUGCCUUCAACAACAGAGCCUCAGAGGCCGAGAAGGAAGCUCAAGUGCAGGAGCUGGUGGAGCUGAUAGAGGAGAUGGUGCAGAGCAACGGAGGGGCUUACUUUACCGAUGCCAUUUACGAGACCCCACUUACACUUGAGAAGUUGUCCACUGAUAGUGACAUGGAAGACCCUCAGGACAACACUCUGAGGAUUGUUUUGGUGGGGAAAACUGGAAGUGGGAAGAGUGCAACGGCAAACACCAUCCUGGGGAGUAGAGUCUUUAAGUCUAAAGUUGCUCCCCAUGCUGUCACCGCCAAGUGUCAAAAAGCAUCCAAGGAGUGGAAGGGGAGGAAACUUCUUGUUGUUGACACCCCAGGGCUCUUUGACACCAAGAAGACCCUGAAUACCACGUGCAGGGAAAUCAGUCGGUGUGUCCUCUACUCCUGCCCUGGGCCCCACGCCAUCGUCUUGGUCCUCCAGCUGAACCGCUACACGGAGGAAGAACAGAAGACCAUGGCAUUGAUCAAGUGUGUCUUUGGGAAGCCAGCCUUGAGGCACAUGAUCAUGUUGUUCACUGGCAAAGAUAACUUGGAGGGGCAGAGUCUGAGUGACUUCUUAGCAGAUGCAGAUGUGAAGCUAAGAAACAUCAUCAGCGAGUGUGGGAACCGCUACUGUGCCUUCAACAACAGAGCCUCAGAGGCCGAGAAGGAAGCUCAAGUGCAGGAGCUGGUGGAGCUGAUAGAGGAGAUGGUGCAGAGCAACGGAGGGGAUUACUUUACUGAUGCCAUUUAUGAGGACACGGAGAAGAGGCUGAGGCAACAGGAAGAAGAUCUGAAGAAGAUCUACACCGAUCAAUUAAAUAAUGAAAUUCAACUAGUAGAAAAGGAAUAUGCUGAUAAAUCACAGGAAGAACGGGAGGAAAAAAUAAAAUGGCUAAAGAGGAUUUAUGAUGAACAAUUAAAAAACAUCAAGGAAGAAGCUGAGAAGGGCAUAUUUGAACAUGUUUUAGAUGGGAUUAGGAGGAUGCUUUCAAAAAUAUGGCAUAUGUUCUGGUAGUAAAGAACAUUUCAUUUUUUUCUUUUGAAUUUACGAUGAUUUGCGAUAGUGGUAGAUUGUAGUUUCCAUAGAUAGCUGUGACAGUAGCUUCUACUUAUUCUUCCUAUAACCUGAUGCUGUUACUCCUGCCACUAACUUGCGGGGCCUGUGUCCUCUACCUUGGAACUGGGCAGAUCUGGGACCAUUUCAAUUAAUAGCAGAUGGUUGAAGCAACACCUUGUGACUCUAAGGUUACAUGUGGGCAAUGCUUCCUUGCCCUGUUGGAGUUCUUACCCUUGGAACUUGACUGUCAUGUUGUGAGAAAGCCCAGGCUGUCUCUUGAGAGGCCCCCAUGCAGAGGGCCUGAAGUCACUGGUCCACUUCCCAGCUCACCUUUCAUUUGUGACUCAGAUCAACUUGCCCGCCAUGCAAAUGAGGCAACACAAAAGUGGGCCCUCCGGCUGGCCGCCAUCUCAGGCGAAGUUGCAGAAAGCAAAGAUGAUCCAUUCCCACUGAGUCCUGCCCAAAUGGCAGCUUUAUGAGAACAAAUAAAUGAUGGUUUUUGUUUUUAA